UCUUGGCCAGUUCAAUGACCUUGUCUGGAAAUUAAUUCUGACCAAUCAGAAAACGCCUUAGUGGCAUCUCUCUUGUGUUGCCGAUGCUUGCACGUGAAGAUGAAAGCUGCAUUAUUUAUAGCAUUAGCCUGCCUUGUGGCCCUAUCGAGUGGUCAGGAUGGAGCUAAACUCCUGGCUUCAAAGACUAUCUUGAACCAAUGGUUAGUGGAAGGCAGGGACGUGACUGUGCUCUAUACCAUCUAUAAUGUUGGUAGCAGUGCUGCAUCCCAGGUUGUUCUCAAUGACGAGUCCUUUGCAGAGAGCGAUUUCAACGUGGUCAGUGGUCAGUUGAAGGUCCAGUGGGACCGCAUCUCCCCAGCCAGCAACGUGACCCAUGCAGUCAUCCUUCAGCCUCUCAAAACCGGUCUUUACAAUGUCACUCAUGCUACCGUUACCUAUGUCCCAUCAGAAGGAUCAGAUGCUAGGACUUCAUAUACAAGUGCUCCAGGAAAAGCUGGUGUUGUAGCAGUAAAAGAUUACGAUAGGAGAUUCUCUCCACAUUAUAUGGAUUGGGCUGCAUUUGCUGUUAUGACGAUCCCUCCCAUCGGCAUUCCAUUCCUUCUAUGGUUCAGAAGCAAGUCAAAAUAUGAGGCUCUUUCAUUUAAGACCAAGAAACAUUAACAACUUUAGUCUAUAAAAAUAAAAUCCUUUAUUCUUUAUUUAAUUCUCAGUUCACUACCACAAAAUCAUGAUAAUUUGGUACAAAUAGAUUGUCAUUUUCUGUCUCUGAAUUUGUUUUGUAAAGCAAUAUUGUAGUAUUUUGAUUGACCCAUCUUUCUUCUUAAUGAAGAAAGGUGUGUCUCUAUAUGUUGCAGAUGAUAUCCUGAUUUUGUGGUAGUGAACACGAAGUUAUGUUCAUUAGUAUAGUUAGAUAUAAGAAAACGAAUGGAUCAGCACUCAAUGUGAAUUGCAAAGUGCACUAGUAACAACUAUUGCUAAACAUUCCAUGGGGGGGAAGAUAUGUUCAUAAUGACGCAGUUACAUUUCCCCCACGGUGGCCGUAUGGUGCGUCGAAAACAGCCGUUUUAACAUUUUUUUGUAAGAGCUACAUAUGGGUGGAAUAACAAUGAAUAAAACGGCUGUCAUGGAAAUGUGACUGAAUCAUUAUGGUGACAUUACAAUCAUUGAUCGAUCUGUAUUUUUUAUAAGCAGUAUCAUGAGGACAAUUCAAACUGUUCUUUGAUUUUAAGAUUCUGUUAUGAUGAUGCAUUAUCGAUCCUAACCAUUGAAAAGGAUAUUAGACACAUGCUGUAGAUAUAUUGAUUGAAAUUUCAUGGAUUAUGAAUAUCAAUCAUUAUACGGCAUAUCUUAAUUUAUAGUUAUUGUUAUUUCAAGGGGGGGGGUUCAUGUUAAUGCUAAAAAAAAUUAUUUCAGUCUAAUUUGUCCAUGCAAAUCAUGUUAUGUUUUUAGCAGUUACAAAUAUCAAACUUUGGGUCUUUUAGAUAGUGGUUACGUAUGGUUGUCUUCACAUGCUCUUUCUUUUCUCUCUGCAUAGAUGAUAGUUGAGGUCACAAAAAUUAUUUCUCUUUUUUCUUAUCACUCAAUUCUAGAUUAUUUGAAGAUUUCUUGUCUCUUUCAUGUUUCAGUAUGAGAAGUUGUAUAAUGUUUUCAUGUCUUUUUUUCAUAUUUCAGUUUAUAUCUCCAAAUCAAAGCAAUAAACACUGCUCAGCAAACAAAAGAUGAUAGCAACAUCUUGUUUGUUUUUAAUGGGUAAACAUACAUUAGUGGUAACUGUUGGUGAAGGGUCAUCUAAACAUGUCUGUGUUUAAUAACUUUGAUUUCUUUAUUUUCUCUUGCCUUGCAUAUAUUCAAUACAUUAUUGUGUAGGUAAAUAGAAUUAAAUUCAUAGAACCAAGUUAUAAACAUUCAGUAUUAUAGGAAAGGGAUACUUGUAAUUAUGUUAAGUCUCUAAUCUAAUGUGGAACUUUUAAAUUGAAUUAAACAAUGUCUUCUGAUACCUCAUAUUCAAGAAAUGGAAAUUGAAAUACCUUUCUUUGCCUUGCAGCCUUCCUUGAAUAUAAACCAUAGAAAAAAGUGGAGAUAUGAAAUUAUACAUUAUCAACUGGACAUUUUUACGAUCACUUUAACAAAGCGUUCCAGUGCACCACUACAUAAGACAGAAAUACCAUCUGUUCUGGGGAAUUAUUUUUUACCAAAACUUGACAUUUCUUGGCUUCUAUGUGCACCGAUCAUUGGAGCCAGAUGUAGUCUUGGCAGAAGAAAGAACGGUGCACAAAUAAGAAAAUUAUGGUGAAGACUGUUUGUUGAUAACUGUAUUUUUUUCAAGUAGGGGAACAGUGGUAUGGUAAGUUUGGAGAAGAUACUAGGAGAUCUUCAGAUAGGACUGCUGCCUGAUGAUAGCUAUGGGUUGUCAGUAUUGUAUAUGUUCAUCGUAAACUCAAGACUUUUUCAAAGUUUGUUCAUUGUCUAUGUCAAUCUUUGAUUUAGUUAAAGAUAUUUGUGAAUUUAUUAUAACACAAACACUUUUUAAACUUCCUUUAAAAUGAAA